AAACGGAAGCUCCAAUUAAGCCCAGAGCAAUGUAGCAACUUUUAUGCAGACCAAUAUGGAAAAAUGUUUUUUCCUAAUUUAACAGCCUAUAUGAGUUCUGGACCUGUAGUUGCUAUGGUUCUUGCCAGAAAUCGCGCAGUCUCAUACUGGAAGGAAUUGCUUGGACCAUCAAACAGCAUCAGAGCUAGGAGAACUCACCCUCACAGCUUAAGAGCAAUCUAUGGGACUGAUGAUCUGAGGAAUGGAUUUCAUGGCAGUCUCAGCAUUUCCGCAGCAGAAAGAGAAAUCCGAUUCAUGUUUCCAGAAGUGAUCUUGGAGCCAAUUCCAACUGGACAAAGAGCCAGGGAUUACUUAAACCUUUACGUAAAGCCGACGUUACUAGCUGGGCUCACUGCACUGUGUAAAGAGAAGCCAGCAGAUCCAAUGACUUGGCUUGCUGACUGGUUGAUUGAACACAAUCCUAAUAAACCUAGGCUGCAACAUCAGAUCACUGAGGAAGAGCAUCAAGGGUGAGAGCUCGAUGGAAACCAUCUCCAGCAUUCCAAGUUACAGACGUUUACUGAACACUUUCAAUGUAUCCCUUGGCUAUGUAAUCAAUAUUAUCUGAAGUAAAUGUUAUUGUCCUA